AACAUCCUACUGAUGAAAAUUUCGUUUUCUGGAUUUCCAUCCUUUUUUUAUUUUGAUUGAGUUAAAUUCUCUCAAUAAUAUUUACUUUUAACGAGUAUAUAUAUAUAAUUAUAAGGAUUAAAUAGGCAAUAUCAUCUCCCAAGGAUAUAUCUUUGUUGAUAUAUUUUAAUUCCAUAUUGAGAAUAUUGAUAUUUUAAUUAACCUUAUUUGUGUAGAUUUUUGAAGAAAAACAAUUCCAAUGAUCAACUUCAGGGCUUUGUUUCCUGACAUGGAACAAUCUUUCAAAAGUAGCUACAGAUGCUAUUCUGUCUCAUUAAUGAGAGAGCGAGAACGGGAUGUGGAGAAAGGUGGCAAAAUUAUUAUGCCAACAUCAGCUCUUGACAAAUUGACCCGGACGAAGAUCAUGUAUCCUAUGCUGUUCAAGCUUAGUAAUGUUGAGAAAAACCGGCAUACACACUGUGGUGUUUUAGAGUUUGUAGCUGAUGAAGGACUUGUUUAUCUACCAUAUUGGAUGAUGAAAAAUCUACUUUUAGACGAAGGAACAAAACUCACUGUAGAAAAUGUCAAUUUGCCUGUUGCAACGUUUGCUAAGUUCCAGCCUCAACAAACAGAAUUUCUUGAUAUUUCAAAUCCUAAAGCUGUGUUAGAGAAUGCUCUAAGAAACUUUGCCUGUCUUACCGUUGGAGAUGUUGUUGCCAUAAAAUAUAACGACAAGAUAUAUGAAUUAUGUGUCCUUGAAACAAAACCUGGUCCUGCUGUGUCAAUCAUUGAAUGUGAUAUGAAUGUUGAAUUUGCUCCACCUGUUGGCUAUCAAGAACCUCACUCAAUGCAUAAAACAUCUUCAGAUGAAGAAGAAGAUAAAGACCAUGAGAUUACCUCAGACUCACAGCAAACAGCACCUCAAUUCUGUGCAUUCACUGGGGAAGGAAACCGACUCGAUGGCAAGAAAAAAAUAUCCGACGGCCAGCCCGUUGCUGAUCAGCCUGCCGCUCAUAAACGUGGUGUUCCUAAUUACGAUUACAAAACAGGGAGUAUUACAUUCAUCAGAACUGUUCGUCCAUCAAGUGAAAAUGAUCAGGUUAUGAAGUUUAAAUUUGAAGCUUUCUCAGGAACUGGUGAAGUCCUUACGAAGUAAAGAAUUAUUUAUUAUUUCCAUUGUUUUUUUUUUUUCACACUUCAAAAUCUAUGACUGCAACUUAACUAGUUGAAUAAACUCUCAUUAAAUUUUGA